AUGUCUUCUUAUUCUCCAUUAAUAUCAGUUAAUAUUCAUAAAUCAAAAAGAAUUUAUAUUCAAAAAAUUCGUUCGUUUAGUUUAUUUUUAUGUACAUGUUCAUUAAUAAUAAAUUGGUUACGUUUAGGAUUUCUAUAUUUCUUUCCCAAAAUUUAUCCAAAUUUAAUUCAAUCAUCAUUAAAUUUAUGUAUAAUAGAAAGUUUUAUUUUUCAUAUUUUAACAUUUUUUCAUUUACAUUUAAUAAUAUAUUUACGUCUUUAUUGGCUUUAUUAUUUUAUAUUUGAAAAAUAUCAACAAAAAAUAAUAUAUCAUCAAAUUUUAUUUAUUCUUUUAUUUAUUUUUAUUUGUUUAUGUUUAUUUACAUUACCAAGUAUAAGUAAUGAAUGGGCAUCAAUUAUCUAUGAUGAAAUUUUACAAAUUUGUAUUGUUAAUUAUCUAUUUAAUUAUUCAUAUACAUUUUUUCUAUUAACAUUUACUUGUUUAAUACCAUUUAUUUUAAUAAUUAUAUCUCAUAAAUUACAAAUGAAAGUUAUUGAUAAUCGAAUAUCUAAAUAUAUUUCAAUAGAUGAAAAAUUAAAUCUUUCUUAUCAAAAAUAUCGAUUUCAAUAUUCUUCUUAUAUUAUUCUUAUUUGGUCUUUUAUUAAUAUUCUACUUUUAAUAUUUCUACAUAUACCAAUUAAACAUAUUCAAAUUAGAACUAUUUUAUAUUAUACACAAAUAUUUUCAUUUCUAUUAGAUCCAAUUAUAUAUAUAUUGAUUUUUCAUUCAUUAUCUUUAAUUACUUUAUUAAAACCAGUAAAUAGAAUUUAUUUCAUUUAA